AUGUCUUCACCACAGACAGGUGUCUUCCUGGGCUUCCUGUCGCUGCUCACCGUCGUCAUGAACAUCCUGGUACUCUACGCUGUUAAGAAGGAGCGGACCCUCCACACGGUGGGCAACCUCUACAUCGUCAGCCUCUCCGUGGCGGAUCUCAUCGUCGGGGCCACCGUCAUGCCCCUCAACCUGGUAUAUCUGCUGGAGGACGAGUGGAGGCUGGGGAGGGUCGUCUGUCAGUUCUGGCUCAUCAUGGAUUAUGUAGCCAGCACAGCCUCCAUUUUUAGUCUGUUUAUACUAUGUCUGGAUCGGUAUCGGUCCGUUCACGAGCCGCUGAGGUACCUGAAGUACCGAACCAGAAGGAGAGCUAGCGUUAUGAUCUCAGGGGCCUGGCUGUUGUCUACGAUGUGGAUUAUUCCUAUUCUAGGGUGGAGGUCGUUUGCUACUGUCGAUCUUAAGCCGGAAAUGGAGAAUAAGUGUGACACUGAUUUCCGGUUUGUUACGUGGUUUAAGGUUUUAACUUCAGUGUUAAACUUCCACCUUCCAUCUCUGUUGAUGCUGUGUUUCUACCUGCGCAUCUACAUGGCUGUGAGGAAGCACUUCAGAGAGAGGGAAAAGAUUAUCAAUCCUACAGAUUCUAUGGUGGGAAACCGUACAGGACACAAAGUCCAAACAGGAAAUAGACCCUGCGAGUGUUCUAACGAGGAAAAGAAGGGAAGCGACUGUGACUUUGAUCAGUACACUUUAGACCAGCUGUACAACUCAACAGAUACAGCUGAGACCAAUGCAUCCAGGGAACCCAAGUCAGGGAAAGACUCUCACUCCAGUCAUUCACUGCUCAGAAUGACAAAACAUCUGAGGACGACUGUAAAGGACAAAAGAAAGAGCAGCUCUUUGUCUUUUCAGGAGAAGGAUUCAGACUCAGAGACCCCUUUGAACCUGUCAACGGUACCUCUCAGCUUCACACACUCCGACGACAACAACGCGCAGGAACUGUACGUUUCCGUGAGCGACAUAGCCGUGCCGCUAAACACUGUGGCUGGCGUCUGCGAGAUAACCCAGAUAGCUGACGUGCAGAGAUACACCACCAUGUUGUACAACGAUUUCACCCAGUCUCUGAAUUCACCCCCGUCACCAUGGCCCCAGGAGGACUCAGAGCCUGAAGAUGGUGCCAACCCGGACGCUGCAGCCAACGCUGUGACUCUGAAGCAGACCUGGCAGAAGUUCUGCGCCCAGUCCAGGCAGCGUAUCCAGAGCCUUCAGGUCCAUAAGGAGCACAAAGCAGCCAAGCAGCUGGGCUGUAUUAUAGCUGGGUUCAUGACGUGCUGGAUCCCCUACUUCAUCGUCUUUAUGGUCAUGGCUUUCUGCCAGACCUGUGUACAUCACGACCUACAUAUGUUCACGAUAUGGCUCGGGUAUAUGAACUCUACUUUGAACCCAAUCAUAUACCCCCUCUGCAAUGAGAAUUUCAGAAGGGUGUUCAAAAAGAUUGUACACAUUCAUUUGUGAUGAGGUUUUCAUGAACAGUGCGUUGAUUGGCAGGUAGCCCUUUAAAGUUAUGUGUUUUUGAUGCUGCUUUAACUUAGAUGUGCUUGCAUGGUUUGAGUAACUUCAAUUUGGUACCUUUUAACUUUGCAUAGUUUUGUAAAUAUAAUGCUUAUUUAUUGUAGGCCUAAAUAUUUCUGUAUCAAACCCAAACCAUAACAUCAUCCUUCUCACUCAACAAUAAGUGCCACGUGUCAUUGUGAAAUAACAGAAAGCAUUGCAUUUCUGUAUUUAUUGAUUAUUAAUUUCAAUAACUCUGCAGAAGGCGGCACAGAGACGCUUUCAAUACAAUCUGGUUCAAGUUCAAACCUUAAUUGUCAUUUUUUUUUGUGAAACGGAAAUGUGUCUUAUCUCAAACCGCAACCAACCAUGCAUUCCAGUCUUCAUGGAGUCUUGUCUGACUUUAAACAUUUAUUUUAGUAA